AUGCAGGCACUCCGAGCCCUUCAGCGAUCCGGCCUCUCCAAGGCGGUCGCCGCCGCCUCGUCGUCGUCCUCGGCGACGCUCUCGCAGCGCUCCUUCCACUCGUCGCGCCGUGCGCUCGAGUUCUCCAAGUUCAACAUGCCCGCCAUGUCGCCCACCAUGACCGAGGGUGGUAUCGCCGCCUGGAAGAAGCAGCCCGGUGAGGCCUUCUCCGCCGGUGACGUUCUGCUCGAGAUCGAGACCGACAAGGCCACCAUGGACGUCGAGGCCCAGGACGACGGUGUCCUCGCCAAGAUUCUCGUCGGCGACGGCGCGAAGGCGGUUCAGGUCAACUCGCUCAUCGCCAUCAUGGCCGAGGAGGGUGACGACCUCGCCGGUGCCGACGCCUUCGCCUCCAAGGCCGCUUCCGAGAGCGGUGACGCCAAGCCCGCUGCCAAGGAGGAGCCCAAGGAGGAGUCCAAGCCUGCCGAGCAGCCCAAGCAGGAGUCCGCCCCCGCCGCCUCCUCGUCCUCCUCUUCUUCCUCGUCCUCUUCCUCGUUCAGCGGCUCGCAGAGCUCUGGCGACCGCAUCUUCGCUACGCCCGUCGCCCGCAGGUUGGCACAGGACAAGGGCAUCGCGCUCAACAAGAUCAAGGGCACCGGCCCCGACGGCCGCAUCAUCAAGGCUGACGUCGAGAACUACAAGCCCGAGGCGGCGGCUGCUGCGCCCGCACCGUCGGCCGCUGCUUCCAAGCCUGCCGCCGCCGCUGCUCCUGCCCCUGCCUCGGGCGAGGGCGACUACACCGACGUGCCCGUGUCCAACAUGCGCCGCACCAUCGCUGCGCGCCUCACCGAGUCCAAGUCGACCGUGCCCCACUACUACGUCAGCAUCGACGUCGAGAUGGACAAGGUGCUCAAGCUGCGCGAGGUGUUCAACAAGGCGGCUGCCGAGAAGGCUGGCAAGGACGUCGAGAAGGCCAAGGCGGCCAAGCUCAGCGUGGGCGACUUUAUCACCAAGGCCGCCGCCGUGGCGCUCAAGGAGGUGCCCGACGUCAACUCGGCCUGGUACGGCGACUUUAUCCGCCAGCACAACAAGGCCGACAUCUCGAUCGCCGUGUCCACUCCCACCGGCCUCAUCACGCCCAUCGUCAAGGACGUCGGCGGCUCGGGUCUCGCCACCAUCUCGGCGGCUACCAAGCAGCUGGCUGCCAAGGCGCGCGCUGGCAAGCUCUCGCCGCAGGAGUACCAGGGCGGCUCGUUCACCAUCUCCAACAUGGGCAUGUUUGGCAUCACCCACUUCACCGCCAUCAUCAACCCGCCCCAGAGCUGCAUCCUUGCCAUUGGCGGCACCGAGGCACGCCUCAUCCCCGACGCCGAGAGCGAGCAGGGCUUCCGCAAGGCCAUGGUCAUGCAGGCCACCAUCUCGGCAGACCACCGCACUGUCGACGGCGCCACCGCCGCCAAGUGGAUGAAGGCCUUCAAGGACGCCCUCGAGAACCCGCUCAGCUUCAUGCUCUAA